UAUAAAGUCAAAGCCAUGCAUCCUCCCAACACAAAAUUAUGGCUUUUGGCAUUUCAUAGAACUCUAAACCUCAUAGUCAAAGCCUUCAGCCUGCAUUCGUGGUGGUGCCCAUUUCUCUGAGCUUGAAGCACCAUUGCCCCACUUGAGUUUCCUCACUUGUCUUAUUCUCAAUUAUUGUUCCCCCCUCUCUCUCUCUCCAAUCAGGGGCGUGAGAUCGAUAUCCUAGAAGGGAAAUCCUACUGGGGUUUCUUGUCCUUACGUGAAUUGGGCUUACAAAGGGCUGUCGUAUAAAGUAGGGCAAGUAUAUAUAAUGGAGAAAGAAGAGAACUACUCGGCGAGUUUUCCCGGCUUCGACUACUCUCUUGACCCCAACCACCACCUCCACCAGCCUCUUGUGAAGCCCCACAGCGGAGAGGCCUCGGGCUCUGGUGAAAGCAGUAACAACCAUGGCAUGAUCGACUACAUGCUCCACGGCAUCAGUCCGGUGCAGCAAAAUCAACAGAUUGGUAAUCCCGGGUUUUUUGGUUCUGGCCGUUUGGAUAAGCUUAGCUUUGCGGACGUGAUGCAGUUUGCGGAUUUUGGGCCCAAGUUGGCCUUGAACCAGUCCAAGAACCCAGAGGAUGAGGCCGGGGUUGACCCCAUUUGUUUCCUCAAGUUUCCUGUGCUCAAUGAUAAGUCGGAAAGUCAGUCACUCAUUGCCGAUAUCGACAACCGUGCUGAUCUGUUCGAGGAAAAUGAUGGGGGUCAAGAUGACGAAGAGGCUAGGGUUUCUGACAACAUCAACUUGGUGCAACUCCGCGACGGUGGCGAUCAAGAUCUCAUCGACCAGACGAAUGCCACGAUAGGCGAAGUGAAGAACAACAACAAGAGAAAGCGGCCAAGGUCGAUCAAAACAAGCGAGGAAGUAGAGAGCCAAAGAAUGACACAUAUUGCAGUUGAAAGGAAUAGGAGGAGGCAAAUGAAUGAGCAUCUCCGUGUUUUGAGAUCUCUCAUGCCGGGUUCUUAUGUACAAAGGGGAGAUCAAGCUUCAAUCAUAGGAGGAGCCAUUGAAUUUGUGCGUGAAUUGGAGCAACUUCUCCAGUGUCUCGAAUCACAGAAGCGGCGGCGGGUUUACGGAGAUGGUGGUGGUGCACCAUCACAAAUGGGCCAGUUGCCACCUCAGCCCCAGUUCCUCCCUCCUAACAAUAAUCUGCCAAUCCCAGGUGACCAAAUGAAUAAGCUCGUGGAAUUCGACACAGGACUUAGAGAGGAGACGGCUGAGAGCAAGUCCUGCUUGGCAGAUAUCGAAGUGAAGGUGCUAGGGUUUGAUGCGAUGAUCAAGAUCCUAUCUAGGAGAAGGCCAGGGCAGCUCAUAAAAACAAUUGCAGCCCUAGAGGAUCUGCAGCUGACUAUUCUACACACCAACAUCACGACCAUUGAACACACUGUAUUAUACUCUUUCAAUGUCAAGGUUGCAAGCGAAACAAGGUUUACGGCAGAAGAUAUAGCGUGCUCAGCUCAACAGAUUUUCAGCUUUAUACAUGCAAACAGCUCCAUGUGAGAUUUAUAGGUGCAUGUACAUCAACUAAAUCAUUCAAUGCGUAUGUGAAAGGAAAAGACUAAGACUAUAUGGACCCAGGCACGUUUUGUUUACCUUCUAUAUACAUUGGCUUUUUUUUUUUUUGGGUUCAUAUAUACAUUAGCUAGUUAUAUGCAUAGAAGAUACCAUGUGGACCUUUCUUUGUCAUAUAUAUAUUUUCCCUUCACAUAAUAAUUAUAAUACAGUCGUGCUUUUGUUUU